UUUUGCCUUUUGUCAACGCCUUACCCACCCUUCUUACGGUUGUCCACGAAUCAACGGUGUCAUCUAGCUCAUGAAAUUGACAAGUUGCUGAGUUUGGCUACAUCGCAAGUUCAAUCCCCAAGAACCAAGCAAGCAACCAAAAAGCCAACCAAAAAAAUGACGAUCUUAUAAAACCACAUCUCCUGUUGUUGUCUUUUUCUCUCUCUCUUUUUUUUUUAUCCGUUUCCCCCAGACGCCGUUCAAAAGUGUAGGGCUUGAGCAAGUCUAUCUGUUCUAAUUGCUGGUUAUCAAAACGUGGCCUUCGCUGAAAAUCGCCCUUUUUAAAAAAUCGUGGUCACAAGUCCGAGACUUGGUUCCUUAAUUCACCAACAAGCUAGGCCCCGACUUUUAACUCGACUCGACUCGACUAGAUUAUCCCUCACACUCCGCAUCACACAAACAAUCAACAUCUAAAACAUAAGCGGAAGGAAAGCGGAAAUAGAAUAAGACAGUUCAGGCUAGAUUCAGGACAGCAAUACUGACCAAUUGCGCCCAAGAUGGCUGCCCCCAACGAUGGCUAUGGCCAAUACCCUCCACAGCAGUACGACCAGGAGGCGCCAUACACUGAUCCGCAAGCUGCUGCUGGGUACGAAGGACAGCCCUCACCUCCCCCCCAAGGCGCCGCACACCACGAUGCUGGGAAGAAGAAGAAGAGGGGUUAUGCUACCCAGGCAUUCGAAUUUGGAAGCGGCGCGAACGCUGGCGCUACAGCACCACCUCCCGGUGGUAUGCCCCCAGCUUUUGGAGCUCCAGGUCAGGCCCCUCAACCCUCUCCGGGCUACCCAGCAUAUCCCGGCCAGGACUUUCAGCAGCCCGGAUAUGGUUCUCCUGCUCCCGCUGCUCCCUCGCCUUAUGGCGCUCCCCAGCCUGGCAUGCCCGCCCAGCCAGGAGUAGUCGGUUACCAAGCUCCUGAUGCUUACUACCCAUCCGGACCAGGACCUCUGUCUCCGGGGGUUGCUGGCAUAACUCAGGGAAUGGCCGGUAUGAACGUGGGACCGAGUCCGCAACCUGGAGCUCAGCAAGCUCCGCAUCAGGCCCGAGUCGCUCUAAACCAGCUCUAUCCUACCGAUUUAUUAAAUCAGCCCUUCAACGUCUCAGAACUUGACUUGCCUCCUCCUCCUUGCAUCCUCCCGCCAAAUGCUAGUGUUACGCAGUCCCCCGAUGCAAACUGCUCUCCCAAGUAUAUUCGAUCUACGAUGAAUGCAGUACCCACCACCCAUUCGCUGUUGAAGAAGUCCAAGUUGCCAUUCGCGCUCAUCAUCCAACCGUAUGCCGCACUUCAUGAUAUCGACGACAACGUACCAGUCGUCCAAGAUCAAGUUAUAGCCAGGUGCCGAAGAUGUCGGACAUAUAUCAACCCUUUCGUCAUCUUUCUUGAUCAAGGCCAUAGGUGGAGGUGUAAUAUGUGCAAUCUCACCAAUGACGUACCGCAAGCCUUUGAUUGGGAUGCUGCUGCCCAGAAGAGCGUCAAUCGUUGGGACAGGCAUGAACUGAACCACGCCGUCGUCGAGUUUGUGGCUCCCCAGGAGUAUAUGGUGCGCCCUCCGCAGCCACUCGUCUAUUUGUUCUUGUUCGAUGUCAGUUACGCUGCCGUUUCUACCGGCCUUCUCGCUACGAGUGCGAGGACCAUUCUAGACAGUCUUAAUAGGAUACCUAAUGCGGAUAGGCGCACUCGAUUGGGAUUUAUUGCCGUCGAUUCGAGCUUGCACUACUUCUCCAUCCCUAAGGACGAUGAUGAGAAUGCCGAGACGAGCAUGUUGGUUGUGAGCGAUCUAGACGAGCCGUUCUUACCGGUUCCACAGGACCUUUUGGUUCAUCUUACCGAAAGUCGCAGUAGCAUAGAGAAUUUCUUGACCAAGCUUCCGGACAUGUUCCAGAACAACCAAAGCAACGGCUCGUGCAUGGGUUCAGCUCUUAGAGCCGGCCACAAACUGAUCUCGCCGUUGGGUGGUAAGCUCGUGGUGAUCAGUUCUUCGUUGCCAAACUUGGGAGUGGGCAAGUUGGAAAUGCGGGAAGAUAAGAAACUUUUAGGCACGUCUAAAGAAGGCAGCCUUCUACAAACUGCCAACAGUUUCUACAAAUCAUUCGCUGUCGAGUGCUCCAAGAACCAAGUAUCGAUCGACAUGUUCCUCUUCUCCUCGCAAUACCAAGAUGUGGCUUCCCAGAGCAACCUACCUCGAUACACUGGUGGCCAGACUUGGCACUACCCGGGAUGGAAUGCUGGCCGCGCCGAAGACGCGGUAAAGUUUGCAUCGGAAUUCAGCGAUUACCUAUCCUCAGAGAUUGGUCUUGAGGCAGUGCUGAGAGUACGAGCUACUACUGGUCUACGUAUGAGUACCUUCUACGGCAACUUCUUCAACAGGUCCUCGGAUCUUUGCGCUUUCCCGGCCUUCCCCCGCGACCAGUGUUACGUUGUUGAAGUGGCUAUCGACGAGACUCUACAGAAGAACUACGUCUGUCUGCAAGCCGGUGUCUUGUACACUACGUGCAACGGUGAACGACGUAUUCGUGUCAUGACCCUCGCCAUCCCUACCACCACCAACCUUGCGGAUAUAUAUGCGUCGGCGGAUCAGUGCGCUAUCACGACAUACUUCACUCACAAGGCUGUCGAGAGGGCACUCAGUAAUGGGCUGGAUGCCGCACGCGACGCUCUUCAGAGCAAGCUUGUCGAGCUACUCCAAACCUUCAAGAAGGAGCUCGGAGGCGGAAGCAUGGGAGGUGGUGGAAUGCAGUUCCCUGCCAAUUUGCGUGGCCUUCCUGUGCUAUUCUUGGGUUUGAUCAAGCAUGUUGGUCUCCGAAAAUCGGCACAGAUCCCGUCCGAUCUCAGAUCCGCAGCUCUGUGUCUGCUUUCUACGUUACCUCUGCCGCUUCUAAUGCAGUAUAUCUACCCUCGGUUAUACUCGCUGCAUGACAUGCCCGACAACUCUGGAGUCCCCGACCCAGACACAAGCCAGAUUAUCCUCCCGCCUCCGUUGAAUUUAUCAUCCGAACGAUUCCUCUCAUACGGCUUGUAUCUUAUUGACGACGGCCAGACGCAAUUUUUGUGGGUAGGAAGGGAUGCAGUACCGCAGCUGCUGGUGGACGUGUUUGGUGUAGCAGAUCGCACGCAGUUACGUGUAGGCAAGGGCACUAUUGCAGAGCUAGACAAUGAUUUCAAUGAACGAGUACGGGCGGUGAUCCAGAAGAGCCGGGACCACCUGUCACGUGGAGUGGGUAGCAUCGUAGUGCCGCAUUUAUACAUUGUGCGGGAAGAUGGCGAGCCUAGCCUCAAGCUCUGGGCCCAGACACUGCUGGUGGAAGACCGGGCCGACCAAGGGAUGAGCUUCGGUCAGUGGAUGGGCACGCUGAGAGAAAAGGUUGUUCAGUAAUGAAGGAAUGAAGGAGCUAGAUUUACUUCUAUCACUCGGGUGAAAGUGAUACUUGUAUAGAAGACGGAUAGAUGCUUGCGACACCCAAACACAAAAAGCAAUGAAGUAAAAUGAAGCAACGCGAACGAUUCCCCAAACCGAAUUGGAAUUUCAACAUGUUAUCCAGUACCUAGCACCUAGCAUCUUGUAAGUAGGCCAACACCAAUAAAGCCACAUGAGGCUAUCUUUACGGGUUGGCGGGUCGAUAGAUGUCGGUCUUCAGGACUGUUUCACACGGCCGAAUUUAGUCUAGAGGCGACCCGUAUAUCGGUAGCGGGUUGUUCACACCAUACAUGCCCUGCCAAGUAGAGUUCGACCAGCAAAUGACAAACCAAGUUGGAUGAACACCCAAGAGAUCGAGGCAAGUAUAGAAUAUCGAGGCUGUAAUAUCCAUUAACAAUAAGGCGCCUUCACCACUUGACGGGCUCAUCAGAUGAAGUUGGUAUGCACAACAAAGAGUAGGCAGGAUUCAAGUACGUAUAACAUUUAGCAUAUGUAUGUAUGUAUGUCAUACCCAUGACAUCUCGGUUCCCAAAGGCGUUCGUUCGCUCGCCAAGAAGGCCAGUCGGGGAUUCCAACGCCCGUUUCCGGGGAUCUGGCUAUUGGACGCCCG